AUGACUCAAAAAGAAGAUUAUACUUCUAAGAAUAAUAAUAUUAAUAACGUUGAGCAAAUUGUUCAACAAGAUACUAUUAUAACUGAUUCUAAUGAAGCAAAUAUUCAACCUAAUAUUUCUAUUGACGUCUUAUCUAUUGAUAAUGAAAUACAUAUUUUUGAGAAUAAUGAAGGUGAAUCUUCUGAACAUGUAGAAGAGCAAGCUGAAAAUCAAGAUAUAAUGAAAACGAUCGAAAAUAUAAAUAUGGUUAGUACUAUUGAUCAAAUUACAUAUGAUGAAGCUAUUGGUGAAAUUACAUAUAACGAAGCUAUUGGUGAAAUUACAUAUAACGAAGCUAUUAGCGAACAUAACAAAUCAUUAGAAAAUUGGUUAUUGUUUGAAAAUUUAAAUAAU